AUGAUUAUAUUCCAUAACCAACGUCAAUCUUCUUCAAUCGGUCCAAUAACCCCUCAAACCGAGUUGUUAAUGUUUGGAUUUGUGAACAGAGAGACGAAGCAUCUUGUUGUUCUCGUCCUCCUGAUAUUACAUCUCUUCAUCGUCUCAUGUGUAGAUGCAGGCAAAGUUGUUUUGAUGGAUCCCAACAGUAUCACUCGCUCUUUCGACGACAUGGAAGCUGAUUUCUCUCCAUCAGUGAAUGUUACGGUAGAAACCGGAGUCCUUCACGUGGCUGAGCCUCUGGACGCUUGCCAAAACUUGAAGAACAAACCGGAGCAGAGACCUAACGGUACUUCCCCUUUUGUGUUGAUCGUAAGAGGAGGCUGCAGUUUUGAACACAAAGUCAGAAACGCGCAGAGAAGCGGUUUCAAGGCUGCCAUUGUCCAUGACAAUGUGGACCGCGACAUCUUACUAGCAAUGGAAGGAGACGGGGACGGUAUAACGAUUCAAGCGGUUUUUGCGACGAAAGCAGCCGGAGAAACGCUCAAGAAGUACGCCGGUUUUGAGGGAACGAGAGUCAUGUUGGUCCCUGGUUUAGAGGACCCGGUGUGGACGUUGUCCGCGACCAUGUUAUUGAUUUAUUCGCUGGCCAUGUUUGUUGUUCUGUCCACUUGUGUCUUCGUAUAUAGGCAAUGCACAUCCGAUAGCAACGCUACAUUUCAGUUCCAUGGGAUGAGCCAGAGAAUGGUGAAAGCAAUGCCGAGUGUUGCAUUCACUGGUGUACACGAAGACAACACGACUGCUUCCUCUUGCGCUAUCUGCCUCGAAGACUACAUUGUUGGGGACAAGCUCAGGGUCUUACCGUGCCAUCACAAGUUUCAUGCCGCUUGUGUAGACUCGUGGUUGACAUCAUGGAGAACGUUUUGUCCAGUGUGUAAAAGGGAUGCGAGAACAAGCACAGAUGAGCCACCAGCUUCAGAGAGCACACCGCUCCUCAGAUCAUCUCUAGUGCUUAUAGAUCCUCCUCUUGUGGAAGCUUCUUCACUUUCUUUCUCUCCAGGGCACAUGAGCUCGUCCUACAUUCAACAAUCUUUCAGCUCUUCCUCGAUAAAUAUCAGCCGUAUCUCUGAGGAUUUCAGGGAACAAGCCUCCCCAUUGCAGCAGUCGUCAUUCACUGGCCGUAUAGACUCUUUGCACUCACCGGGUUACUCGACCAUAUCACCUCUCAACGCGAUCGGCAUGCCACCAUAUCGACCUAGCCCAAGCAAUGCGUCGCCUGGGUUAGUCCAAUCAACAAAUCAUCGUUUCAAUUCUCUGCACUGCUUGGAAUCAGUAUCUUCACUGACUCAUUUCGCCUCGGCACACUCGCUUCGAUACUGUUAG